AUGCUGGCAUCCAUUCAUCCUGCUGAUUGGGACGUGGUGGCUGUGGGCACGCUUGCCAGCACCCUUGCGAAAGGUGCCUGCUGGUCACAUGCGUUGCAGUUGUUGGAAAUGGUGAAGCCGACUGUCGUGGUGAUGGGAGCCGUGAUCUCCGCAUGUGAGCGAACUCAUCGCUGGAUCAUGGCACUGGAGACUCAGAUGCUUUGA